CCGCAAACCCACUAAACAACAAACAACAAGAAAAUUAUAAUGGCGGAACCACAGCCUCCUCAAAUUCAAGAGGGUGAUCAGGCAGCCUCUGCUAUCCCUGGUGUUGCAAAGCCCGAGACCGCAGCACUGGAAUUCCUGUCGUCGACACACAACAGCUCUUCUACCACAACAUCAACAGCAGCGCUAGGCAAAGCAAUGAAGAACCUCGAUCUCAAAGACAGCUUCAAACCAGAUGUCAAGAAUUUAAAGGUUGAUAUGGCUGAUGUGGUAUUGUUGGCCGACAAUUUGGAUGUGUCGAGGGUCAAAGCGACAGAAUUACUGAAGAGCAAUGAUGCAGAUCCAGUCAAAGCUAUGAGGGCUUGGUUCACUACUUGAGAGGAAUAUUGUGCAAGGCAUGGUGGGAGCUAAAGUCAUUGAUACACCUGGCCCAGAUAUAGCAGCUGGCGAGACGCAGUGAUGA